GUACGCCCUGCACAGUGAGUUAGCAUCAUCUCAAAGAGAAACAUGCACGCACAAUGUGGUCGUUAAAUAUGUGGUUGAGAUUUUGAUCUGUGAAAAAUGAGUUGGAUGCUCUCCAUCUGGGUGGCGACGGCCCUGCUGGCUCUCUGUAGGGGACAAAACACUGUGCAUGAAGGAAAUAGCCUGUCUGCGUCUGGCUACCAUCUCUGUAUUCACAACGAGACAAGGAAUGUGAGUUUCCUGGUGAUGCAUACGAUCCCUUAUACUGAGACGAAGCGUUGUGGCGGCUGGCUCCACUGGAAGACAUGUACAGUCACACUUUACAAGAUGACCCUUCAGACUGAGUACAAGACAACGAUGGAGCAGGUGACCAGAUGCUGCAGCGGCUAUGUUCAAGUCGGUCGUUACUGUGCCCGGCCUGCAAACAGGAGUAUUGAGUUCACUGCCAAGCCAGGAUCCUGUCCAACUGCAGAUGGAUUGUGUCCCAGAUCUGGGGACUGUGAGUGGGACAUGGACUGCCCAGGCUGGCAAAAAUGUUGCCAGAGAUCGGGUCGCUUUGUUUGCAUCGAUCCCGCAAUCUCAGCAAAUUAUUCUGAGAAUGGAGGAUGCCGUCUUAAUGCAACAGUGACAGUGAAGACAGAUUACCAGCAAUUGAUGUCCAGUGAUGGAGGACAUCUGGAUCACAUACGAUUGCUAAAAGCAAUGGUGACUGGAGCUCUGCAGUCUGAUGUUUCAGUUUAUUACCUCGGCUCACAGCCUGUACAUCCCUACAGAACUGCCACCUCACUACUGAUUGUCAGCAACUGUCCUCUUUCGCUGAACAAUGUGACAUCAAAGCUGCAUCUUCUCCUCAAACACAUACAGGAGGUGUCAUCUGUAAGCGUGGAAGAUGUAGAUGAGUGUGCACAGCCUGCUCUCCGUCAGUGCUCCACUCACACAGACUGUAACAACACAGUGGGCUCCUACCAUUGUGCCUGCCACCAGGGAUAUACUGAUGUUGACCCCAGCAACCCUGGAGCCCAUUGCACAGCUUCCAUCAGCACGCAGCACCCUCUGGAUAUCUUCAACUCCACUGAGACCAGCAUGACUACGGCUCUGAGUAAUACAAGCCCCGUCCCUUAUAAUUCAUCACAUGCUCCGCGGUGGACGAGUUCUGCACCUUAUAGCAGCAUGAGCUCAUCUGUAGAGCCAUCUCUGCCGACAACCACAUGCUCUCCUCCCAGCAUCACCAGUGUGUGGUCGGCUAACGUCACUGGAACCUCCUUCUGUGUCUACUGGUCGAGCCCUUUUCAGACAAACCAGACUUACCAGGUCGUUGUAAGGAAUAGGUCAGAGGUCACCAGUCAGACCAUGAUGGAGGUGAGGGAACUGAAGCCUGGGGUGCUCUACAAUGUCACUGUCACGCCUAGUUCCUGCGGAAGCCAAGGAGCCGCCCUUCAUAUAUUGGUUAAGACUGAUGCUCAGACUCUUGACGCCACAACGCGACUUACCAACAUCAAUUUCACUGCUGAGCUGCAGAACACCAGCAGCCAGGCCUACAAAAACCUCACUGAGAGUAUUGAGAAGGAGAUCUACCAGUCUCUGUCUCCAGAGAUGAAGGCCAUGAUGGAUUCAGGUCAAGUGCGAAUCGAGAUCAGGAGCUUUUCCCUGGGGAGUGUGGUGGUCAACUUCACCAUCAUCUUGGCCCCCAGUCAAAGCCAAGGCAUCAGUAAUGUGUCCACAGCUCUGCUGCACUCCCUGAUGAACAGCACCGAAUACACAGUGGAUGAAAACAACACAAGCACAAAUGAUUUUAAUGAAUGUGAUUCAGGGGAAAAUGACUGUUCCUCCUGGGCUAAUUGUACAAACACCUGGGCCUCCUACACAUGUGAUUGCCUGGACGGGUUUAUAGACAACAACCCAGAAAGACCUGGACGAGCCUGUCAAGCAAUCACAACAACCACUACUGCUCCAACAAUCCCCAUUACUGCCCCUGUAAUUACCUCUCCUGCCCUUACAACCACCACUACUGCCCCUGCUAUCACCACUACUGCUCCUACAAUCAUCACUGCUGCUUCAACAACCACCACUACUGCCCCUACAACCACCACUACUGCCUCUACAACCACCACUACUGCCCCUACAACCACCACUACUGCCUCUACAACCACCACUACUGCUCCCAUCACUAAUGCCUCAACAACCACACCUACUGUCCCAACAACCACCACUACUGCCCCUACAACCACCACUACUGCCUCAACAACCACAACUACUGCCCCAACAACUACCACUACUGACCCUACAAACACCACUACUGCUCCAAUAACCACCUCUACUGCCCCUAAAACCAACACUACUGCUCCAACAACCACCACUACUGCUCCAAUAACCACCUCUACUGCCCCUACAACCACCACUACUACUCCUACAACCACAAUUACUGCCCCUACAACCACCACUGCUACUCCUACAACUACUACUUCCCCAACAACCACCACUACUGCAAUGACAUCCAUGACUUCUACCCCUACGACCACCGUAACCAGCCGUACUACCAACAUUACAGUUCCUACAACCACAGCUACUGCCCAGAGAACUAUCACCAAUGCCUCUGGGGCCAUCUCAGUCCAGUGCAGGGUUGCUGCAAUCACUGUGACAGUUGCCAAGGAUUUUCUUCUGAGCAACAAGAUCAGGGAGAGCACCCUAUACUUGGGCUUGCCGGAAUGUGCCAUCAAUGGAGGCAAUGUCACCCAUAUCCAGAUGACCGUGGCUUGGAAUGAGUGCAGCACUAAUCUUGUGCAAAAUGACACCUACUACACGGCAUCUGUAACCCUGUUCAACAACAUGGAAAUGUACACGUCAGCCAAUGGAACAGUGGAGGUACCCAGAAUACAGCUAAAGGCUCCCGUCAUGUGUACCUUCAUGAAGAGCAUGCUCAUCUCAGCUGACUUCAGCCCCAUGGGGUAUGACAUGAUCAAAGAUUUCAUCAUGGGCUCAGGGUCUUUCCAAGUGACAGUGCAGCUGAUGAACGGUUCAAUGCCUCUACCACACAAUUACAGCCUGUCCUCUGAUGAGGCUGUGGGGGUGGAGGUCAGCCUCAACACAUCCUCAGAGCAGAUUAAUGUCGUCAUCAACAAAUGCUGGGCCACUCCCACCCAAAACCCUGCAGACAUCCAGACAUCCAGCGACACCUUCCUGGAUAACAGCUGUCCCCUGAACACAUACACCCAAGUGUUGAUGAACGGGAACUCCAGCACGUCACGUUUGUCUGUGCAGAUAUUCUCCUUCGUCAACCUGGAUGUGAUCUAUCUGCACUGCCGGGUCCAGAUCUGUGUGCAGAUCGGAUCGGAUACCUGUGUGCCUGACUGUCUACAAAGAACAGCUCGGUCUACAAAGACAAUUGGAUCAGCUUUCGGUUCUUCCAAGGCUCUGAUAUUGAAGAAAGAUGAAGAGUCCCUUGAACAGGAUUUGAACCUUCUUCACAUAGUCGGAUUCUCCUGCCUAGGAAUCGGCCUGUCGCUCUUCUUCAUCAUUGGUUUCGUCUGCCUCUUCUACUACCAGAGGAACCGUAUUGGACACUACAACUUCAGCGCCAAACCCAAGCAGGAGAACUUCACCUACCUUGUGUUUAACACCUAGAGCUGCAGCAGCAACCACAAAUUCAGUAGGCCAUUACAGUACAGCUGCCACUGGGUGGCCCUGUUGCUCCAUUCACAUAUUAGUUCUCACCAAACACUGCAAAUCUUUGCACAUUAAACAAAAUAAAUGAAGUACAGAAUAUUUAUAUUUAUAUUUCAACUUCCCUCAACAUAUAUUUAAGAUAGAGUAGUUGGCAACACUUUAUAAUAACCAUUAUUUAUGAAUGGUAAAUUGAUAGUUAAUUAAACUUAGUUUAUAGUUAUUU